AUGUCCUCCGAUAACAAGUACAAGUAUCGAAUAGAAAUUCAACAAAUGAUGUUUGUUUCUGGAGAAUCAAAUGAUCCACCCAUUGAAACAACAAGUUUGAUUGAAGAUAUAGUACGAGGUCAAGUUAUCGAGAUUCUAAUUCAAACAACUAGAACUGCAAAUAAUAGAGGAUCAAAGAGUAUAGCUCCAGAAGACGUGAUUUUUUUAAUACGACAUGAUAAAGCCAAAGUAAAUAGACUUAGAACUUAUUUAUCUUGGAAAGAUGUUCGUAAAAAUGCUAAAGAUCAAGAAGGUGGUGGGACUGAGUCACUUUUAGAAGGUAAUGCUGAUGGUGCAGGUAAUACAGAUGGUAAAAAUGCUAAUUCUAAUGACUCGUCAAAAAUGCUUUCGAGAUAUAAAAAAUCAAAAAUUAGACUACCUUGGGAAUUACAAUUUAUGUUUAGUGAACAACAUUUAGAAACAAAUGAAGAAAGUGAACAAGUUGAUGAGGAAGAAAAAGCAGCUACAAUAGCGUCGCUAAAGAGAUUGAAAAUGGCAGAUGAUAGAACGAAAAAUAUGACAAGAGAAGAAUAUGUGCAUUGGUCAGAAUGUAGACAAGCCAGUUUUACAUUUAGAAAAGCUAAAAGAUUUAGAGAAUGGGCAUCUAUAACUCAAUUAUGUGAUUCAAGACCAAAUGAUGAUGUUAUAGAUAUUUUAGGUUUCUUAACUUUUGAAAUUGUUUGUUCAUUAACAGAAGAAGCAAUGAAUAUAAAAAAUUCUGAAGAUAAAUUAAAUCAAAUUCAAAAAGAGAAAAAUCUUAAAGAUGGUUUGGAAAAACAACAACCCAAAAAGAGAAAAUAUUUAUUUGAUAAACCUGAUGAAUUAGCAAGUCCUAUAAUGCCUUAUCAUAUCGAAGAGGCUUGGAGAAGACUACAAAAAACCGACUUUAAACAUAAAGCUGUAAGAUCAUUUGGUGGAGGUAUGAUUCAAACAAGAACUAGAUUGAUAUAG